GAGAGCGACUGCCUGCCACAGGGGCCUGGCGUCCCCUCCGUCUCCCCCCCCCCCACAAGAGCCACUCUGCCCUCCUGGGGGGGGUCUCACCUGUGCCCUCCAACAACCUGAGCCCCCCUCGAGAGAGCGCCAACCUCCCCCCCCCCAGAAUCUGGGGGAUCCCUUGCACACACACCCCACCUGCCUGAGCCCUUCUGGGUGAUAUUCUGCCCCCCAUAACCCCUCCCAGAGGCUUGGGGUGCCCCAAGCCAGAGUGUCUCUGUCCCCACACCCAUAGCUCUCCCUGGAGUCUCCCCAUCCCCUGUGAGGUACUCCAGUCCCCUCCCAGAGGAGCCUGUGGGAAGGGGGGGGGGUUUCCCCCCCCACAUGAUGAUGGGGCCUCUCCCUCAUGCCCUGGCGCUGCUCCUGGCCCUGCAGGUGGCCAUGGCCCUGGCUGAAGUCCUAGGGGGGCGCGACCAGCCCCAAAAAGCCACCGCUCACUCCUCCACCAUGAUCAAUGGCAGGACAGCCCCGACUGCCAUGGCGACGCUCUCUGACGCCUUGGCUAGGGCCACCAUGACCACAGCCGAGGUUGGUGGGCACACGCUGGAGGUCUCAAGCAAGAAAGUGGUCACCCCGGGCAACGGUGUAGGUUAUGAGUUCACCACAGCCAACGGUGUAGAGUAUGAGGUCAUUGCCGGCAGCAACGGAGGGUCUGAGGUCACCCCGGGCAACGGUAUCCUGAGCAACACCACGGGCUCUGGAGGCGUGAUCGGCGUGGGAGACACCCGCUACAAGUGGCUGGCGUGGAGCAAAUGGUAUUGCAACUGUGAGAUGGGUAGCAUGUCCCGGGUGCGGGACAUUGUCUACACAGUGCCUGGGCUGCAGCUAGAUCUGGACAACUACAAUUCCCUGCGCUUCCAGCGCGUGGCUUGCAGCUAUGGCCACUGCAAGUGCAGCCACAAGCACCGUGAGUGUGACCAUGCCAAGGUGACCUGCGAUGCCCCCAAUCCCUACCUGUGCGCCGUCAGGGACGUCCGGCGGGCCCGGUACCGCCAGGCUCGGCGCUUCUGGAUGCGAGUCCGCAUGGAGCUCAAGGAGCUAUGGAAGAGCAUCCGAAAGGCCUCCCAGCUCGAGGAACACAGCUGAAGAUGAACUCCGUAUUCAAGGUUAAGCAGCUGCAGUCUCUGUUAUCAGCAGUUGGCAAUAGCAAUUAAUCGUGCCAGUGCCUCAAAUGAAAUUUAUAGUAAAUGCUCUUUACAAAUCA